GUGUUUGCAUCAAUGCAGAAAUCUCGCAUAUUAGCAGCUGUGCAGCCAGUGCCUGACUGCGUAAGUGCCUAUAGGCUAUAGCACAUCUCUAAAACCCUAGUAUAUAACUUCAAACCCUCUUCCUAUUGUAACCCAAUCGUUCUCUCUCCUCCAUUUUUACAUCUCCAUUUUCGUCGUUUAAGCUAUCGCCUCACAUCACACUUUACCUCUCCUCUUAAUCGCAAUAAUCUGGAUCCUCAAUUGAUCACAGAAACUUCAUCUAUGGCGGAAGUAGUUGAGAGGUUGAGUUGUCUCAGAGAGUCUGUCACGACGUCUUCUACUAAUCUCCGUAUUCGUAUCUUCCGUCAUGAUAUUCUGGAUAUUCUCCUCAAAACAGAUAUGUCAAGUGAGAUUGCAGUUGUCCUUGUGGAUAUUAUUUUUAAAACAUUGUAUAUCUAUGAUGAUCUUCGAUCAAGGAAAGCUGUGGAUGAUGUCAUUCUAAAGUCGCUGAGUGAGGUUAUAUUUAUGAAAACUUUUGCAGCCAGCCUUGUUCAGGCUAUUGAGAGGUUACAAAAGUCUCAUUCGUAUGUUGGAUCCUAUAGGCUUCUUAAAUGGUCAUGUUUCCUUAUGAGUAGCAGUAAAUUUUCUUCCAUUUCAAAGAAUGCUGUGUCCAGGAUAAUUAUGGCACAAGCAUCACUGCUUAACCUUGUUACGAAAGGAUCUUUUCGUGAAAGAAGGGCUUCGAAAAAGUUAUUUUUUCGGUUAUUUUCUAAGGCCCAGGAUAUUCAUAAAACCUUCAUUGAAGAAUUGAAGGAUGCAAGGAUUUCUUACAAAGAAUGUCCUGACGUUAUCUCGUUGUUGAUAGAAUAUUCAAGGAACGACCCAUCUUUUGGACAUUAUAAGCCAAUCUUUCUCGACUUAUAUGUGAAAGCUGUUCUUAGUGCAAGAGAGAAACCAGCUAAGGGACUCAGUGAAUCAUUUUCUCCACUUUUUUCGUGCCUUUCACAUGAAGAAUUUGGAAAUAUAGUUGUUCCUUCAUCUGUUAAAAUGUUGAAGCGGAAUCCUGAGAUUGCCCUCGAAUCACUUGAGGUCCUUUUGAAAUCAGUGAGCAUUGACUUAAGUAAAUAUUCAAUGGAAUUCCUUCUUGUGGUGUUAACACAGGCUCGUCAUGCCGAUGAAGGAAGGAGGCUUGGUGCUUUGACAAUCAUACAAUGUUUGAGUCAGAAAUCCAGUAAUCCUGAUGUUACCGAUUUGAUGUUUAAAGCAAUAAAAGCUGUAAUAGGAGGCUCAGAGGGAAGACUCCAAUUUCCAUAUCAAAGGGUUGGUAUGUUCAAUGCACUACAGGAACUAUCAAAUGCUCCGGGAGGAAAAUUAUUAAAAGACUUGUCAACGUCAGUGUGUGGCUUUCUGCUGUCUUCUUACAAGGAUGAUGGAAAUGAAGAAGUCAAGCUUGCAAUUUUGUCAGCUCUAGCCUCUUGGUUAGCGCAAGGUGUAGAUUCUAUUCAACCUGCCAUACUUUCUUUUUUCAGUUCAGGAUUGAAGGAGAAAGAAGGUUUGAGAAGGGGUCAUCUAAGAUGCCUAAGGGCGAUAUGCAAAAAUGCAGAUGUCACCAUGCAGGUAUCAUCUUUGCUGGGUACUCUUAUUCAGAUAGUGAAAACAGGUUAUACUAAAUCUGUUCAGCGCUUGGACAGCAUCUAUGCGUUGCUGUUGGUUGCAAAGAUUGCUGCUGUUGAUAUGAAAGCCGAGGAGGCUGUUACAAAAGAGAAGAUCUGGUCCUUAGUUGCUCAAAAUGAGCCGUCCUUGAUUCCUCUUUCCAUGGUGCCAAAGCUAUCAGUUGAAGACUGUUUAACUUGUGUUGAUCUCCUUCAUGUGCUGGUUGUGGACCAUACAAAAAGGAUGGUGGAAUUUUUCUCUUUCCCGAUAUUGUUUCAGUUAUUGCUCCAUGUUUUGUGUCAUCCGUCUUGGCAAAUCCGCAGAGCUGCUUAUGGCAGCACCAAUAUAAUUCUAGAAGCUGUUCCCAAAACAUUACCAGUGCUUUUGAAAGAAUUUGCAGCUUUCCUUUCUGCUGUGGCAGAAUGUCAACUUUUGCAGAUAAGAGAAGUACAAAACGCAGAACCACCUGUUUCUUUCCUUCCAUCUAUUGAGGUAAUGGUGAAGGCAUUAUUGAUUAUAUCUGCUGCAGCUGUUCGGACUGCUUCGGAGACAUGUGGUCAUAUCAUAUUAUGCUCUCAUCAUCCGGUCUUACUUGGCACUGGAAAAAGAAAUGGAAUAUGGCAGAGAAUAUCGACAUGCUUGCGCACUCAGGGUUUUGAUGUGCAGAGCAUUAUUUCCGGGAGGAUCAAAAAUAUUUGUGAGGACCUUUUAGGAACUUCUGGAUUGAUGAGUGGAAGUCCUCUUGAACAGCAGGGGGCUGUUCUCUCCUUGUGCACAUUGAUGACCAUAGCUCCAAGUGAUACAUUCUUGGAAUUUGAAAAGAAUUUUGGCAGUCAAGUAGAUCGCUAUACACAUGAUACUCUUUCUCCAAUUGACAUUCAGAUUUUUAACACUCCUGAUGGUACUCUCUCAACCGAGGUUGGUGUUUAUGUUGCUUCUAGAGAAUCGGAAGAGAAUAGCAGCAAGGAACAUGUGAACUCUAAUCAUUCUGUACAAAAAGACCUAUCUCGAAGAGACCCUGCAGGAUCAGGGAAAAAGGAUUCUGGAAAAACAACAAAAAAAAAUGAUAAAGGAAAGACUGCAAAAGAAGAGGCACGUGAAAUCCUCCUAAGGGAGGAGGCUGCUAUUAGGCAUAAGGUCAAGGCCAUACAAAGAAAUCUUUCGUUGUUUUUAAGGGCUCUUGGAGAGAUGGCACUUGCGAAUCUAAUUUUUGCUCACAGUCAACUUGCUUCCAUGGUUAAGUUUGUCAAUCCUCUUAUUCGGUCACCAAUAGUGGGUGAUGCUGCAUAUGAAGCCUUGGUGAAGCUUUCUCGAUGUAUUGCUCCUCCACUGAGUAACUGGGCACUUGACAUUGCCACUGCUUUAAGGGUCGUUGAGGUUGAGGAGAGCCACUGUGUCUUGGACCUCAUUUCAAUAGUUGAUGGGGAGGAAACGAAAAAAACGUCUUUUCCGGGUCUCUUUAAUAGAGUGGUUGAUGGAUUUACUGUUUCCUGUAAAUAUGGGCCUCUUCCAGUGGAUACGUUUAUAUUUGUUUUUCCGAUUAUGGAGUGGAUUCUUUUGUCACCAAAGAAAACAGUUGUACACCAUGAAAUUCUUCGAGUCUUGUAUCUGCAUACAGAUCCAAUAUUGCCUCUUCCAAGGCUGAGAAUGUUAUCAGUUUUGUAUCAUGCUCUUGGUGUUGUUCCUGCUCAUCAAGCAGCUAUUGGAUCAACUCUGAAUGAAUUGUGUUUGGGCUUGAAACCAGAUGAAGUUUCAUCUGCACUUUAUGGUGUCUAUGCUAAAGAUGUUCAUGUAAGGAUGGCAUGCUUGAAUGCUGUUAAAUGCAUUCCUUCUGUCUCUGGCCGUUGCCUUCCUGAGAAUGUUGAAGUUGCUACAAGUAUUUGGAUUGCAUUGCAUGAUCCAGAGAAGUCAGUUGCAGAAGCUGCUGAAGAUUUAUGGGAUCGCUAUGGAUUUGAUCUUGGGACUGAUUAUUCAGGAUUUUAUAGAGCAAUUUCGCAUAUUAACUAUAAUGUCCGUUUGGCUGCGGCUGAAGCAUUAGCUGCUGCUUUAGAUGAAUACCCUGAUAGUAUACAAGAAUGCCUUGCAACUCUAUUUUCUUUGUACAUACGUGAUGCUGGUUCGGAAGAAGGGUAUGUUGAUGCUAGAUGGUUGGGAAGACAAGGAGUUGCACUGGCAUUACAUUCUGCUGCUGAUGUUUUAAGAACGAAAGACCUUCCUGUGGUCAUGACAUUUCUAAUAUCACGAGCAUUGGCUGAUCCUAAUGGAGAUGUUCGCGGAAGAAUGAUUAAUGCUGGUAUAUUGAUUAUAGAUAAGCAUGGGAAAGAUAAUGUUUCCUUGUUGUUUCCAAUUUUCGAGAACUAUCUAAACAAAAAGGCUUCUGAUGAAGAAAAGUAUGAUCUUGUUCGUGAGGGUGUCGUUAUUUUUACUGGGGCAUUGGCAAAACACUUGGGAAAGGAUGACCCUAAAGUUCAUUUGGUAGUCGAGAAGUUGCUUGAGGUGCUCAAUACUCCCUCUGAAGCUGUGCAGAGGGCAGUUUCUUCUUGUUUGUCUCCACUGAUGCCAUCCAAACAGCAAGAUGCCCCGGCUCUUGUCUCACAGCUUCUUAGUCAAAUGAUGAAGAGUGAAAAAUACGGUGAACGUCGUGGAGCAGCAUUUGGACUUGCAGGAGUUGUCAAGGGAUUUGGUAUUUCUUGUCUGAAGAAGUAUGCCAUCGUGAUUGCCUUACGUGAAGGCCUUACUGACAAGAAUUCUGCAAAAUGUCGUGAAGGAGCACUGCUUGGAUUUGAGUGUCUUUGUGAGAAGCUUGGAAAGCUAUUUGAACCCUAUGUGAUUCAAAUGCUACCUUUACUUUUGGCGUCAUUUUCUGAUCAAGUUGCUGCUGUACGUGAAGCGGCUGAAUGUGCUGCGCGUGCAAUGAUGUCAAAUCUUACCGCUCAAGGGGUUAAGCUUGUACUCCCUUCACUAUUAAAGGGCCUUGAAGAUAAGGCAUGGCGAACUAAACUAAGUAGCGUGCAGCUACUUGGUGCAAUGGCAUAUUGUGCUCCUGAACAAUUGUCACAAUGCCUCCCUAAAAUUGUCCCUAAACUGACUGAGGUGCUGACAGAUACCCAUCCGAAGGUCCAGUCCGCUGGCCAGACGGCACUUCAGCAGGUCGGGGAAGUGAUAAAAAAUCCUGAAAUUGCUUCCUUGGUUCCCACUUUGCUGAAGGCACUUACUGAUCCCAAUGACCAUACAAAAUAUGCCUUGGACAUACUUCUCCAAACUACUUUCGUCAACUCAGUUGAUGCUCCUUCACUUGCUCUUCUGGUACCUAUUGUUCAUCGAGGGCUGAGGGAGAGGAGUGCUGAAACUAAGAAAAAAGCUGCCCAAAUUGUUGGUAAUAUGUGCUCUUUAGUGACGGAGCCUAGGGAUAUGAUUCCAUAUAUUGGCUUGCUCCUUCCCGAAGUGAAAAAGGUUCUUAUCGAUCCUAUACCUGAAGUUCGGUCUGUGGCUGCUAGGGCACUGGGCUCGCUAAUAAAAGGAAUGGGAGAGGAAAACUUCCCCGACCUUGUUUCAUGGCUCUUGGAGACACUAAAAUCCGAUGGUAGUAACGUUGAACGUUCUGGUGCAGCUCAAGGAUUGAGUGAGGUUUUGGCUGCACUUGGUUUAGACUACUUUGAGCAUGUCCUUCCUGAUAUCAUUAGAAAUUGCUCUCAUCAAAAGGCCCAUGUUCGUGAAGGUUAUUUGACUGUCUUCAAGUAUUUGCCAAGGUCUCUGGGUGAUCAAUUUCAGAGCUAUUUGCAGCAGGUGUUGCCUGCUAUUCUCGAUGGUCUUGCGGAUGAAAAUGAAUCGGUUCGUGAUGCGGCUUUCAGUGCUGGACAUGUUCUGGUUGAGCAUUAUGCAACAACAUCUUUGCGUCUUCUUCUUCCUGCUGUUGAGGAUGGAAUUUUCAAUGAUAGUUGGCGCAUUAGACAAAGCUCUGUUGAGCUUUUGGGAGAGCUUUUGUUUAAGGUUGCUGGAACUUCUGGUAAAGCAUUGCUUGAGGGAGGUAGUGAUGAUGAGGGGGCUAGUACGGAAGCUCAAGGACGUGCUAUUAUUGAGGUGCUUGGUAGAGAGAAACGUAAUGAAGUGCUCGCUGCCUUGUACAUGGUUCGGACGGAUGUCAGUGUAUCAGUGCGUCAGGCAGCCUUACAUGUUUGGAAAACUAUAGUAGCAAAUACCCCGAAGACACUUAAGGAAAUUUUGCCUGUAUUGAUGGAUACUCUGAUAACCUCACUUGCAUCUCCAUCUAGUGAGAGGCGUCAGGUUGCUGGAAGGUCACUUGGUGAACUUGUUAGGAAGCUAGGUGAAAGGGUGCUUCCUUUGAUAAUACCUAUUUUAUCUAAAGGACUAAAAGAUCCUGAUUCUGGUAGAAGACAGGGUGUUUGCAUUGGGCUGAGUGAAGUGAUGGCUAGUGCUGGAAAGAGCCAGCUGUUGAGCUACAUGGAUGACCUUAUCCCUACAAUUCGGACUGCUCUUUGUGACAGUGUGCCUGAGGUCCGUGAAUCCGCAGGAUUGGCAUUCAGUACACUCUAUAAGAGUGCUGGAUUGCAAGCAAUUGAUGAGAUUGUUCCUACACUUCUGCAUGCUUUGGAGGAUGAUGAAACUUCUGAUACAGCAUUGGAUGGUCUUAAACAAAUCUUGAAUGUCAGGACUACUGCUGUAUUACCUCAUAUUUUGCCGAAGCUGGUUCAACUUCCCCUGAGUGAAUUCAAAGUGCAUGCUCUUGGAGCUUUGGCAGAGGUUGCUGGGCCUGGCCUCAAUUUUCACCUUAAUACAAUUCUUCCUGCUCUGCUAUCGGCAAUGGGUGAUGACAGUGUGGAUGUCCAAGAAUUGUCAAAGAAAGCGGGAGAGACUGUUGUAUUGGUUAUUGAUGAGGAAGGAAUUGAUCCUUUAAUAUCUGAGCUUGUUAAAGCUUCUGGUGACAGUAAUGCCUCUAUCAGGAGAAGUGCUUCAUAUCUCAUUGGCUAUCUCUUUGAGAACAGCAAGCUGUUUUUGGAUGAUGAAGCUCCUGGAAUGAUAUCAACCUUGAUUGUUCUGCUCAGUGAUUCUGAUCACGAUACUGUUGUGACUGCUUGGGAAGCUUUGUCAAAGGUCGUCAGCUCUAUUCCUAAGGAAGUACUCCCCAGUCACAUAAAACUGGUUCGUGAUGCAGUAUCAACAGCUAGAGAUAAGGAACGGAGAAAGAAGAAGGGGGGAUCAAUUUUGGUGCCUGGAUUUUGUCUUCCUAAAGCUCUGCAACCUGUGCUUCCUAUAUUUCUGCAGGGUUUAAUAAGUGGAUCUGCAGAACUGAGGGAGCAGGCAGCCUUAGGUCUUGGAGAAUUAAUUGAUGUGACUAGUGAACAAGCACUUAAGGCGUUUGUGAUACCGAUAACAGGGCCCCUAAUUCGUAUCAUAGGUGAUCGAUUCCCGUGGCAGGUUAAGAGCGCAAUUUUGUCUACCUUGACCAUCAUAAUUGAGAAGGGUGGCAUAGCCCUGAAACCCUUUUUACCACAACUGCAAACAACUUUCAUCAAAUGUUUGCAGGACAACACCAGGACUGUUCGUUCAAGUGCUGCUUUGGCACUUGGAAAACUCAGUGCCCUCAGCAGCAGGGUUGAUCCUUUAGUUAGUGAUCUUUUGUCUACUUUGCAGGCAUCUGAUGGGGGUGUUAGAGAAGCGGUACUAAUUGCUCUGAGAGGUGUAGUAAUACAUGCGGGAAAGAGUGUUAGUAUUUCUGUUAAAACUCGUAUCUGUGAUCUGUUGAAGACCUUUAUUGAUCAUGAAGAUGACCAAGUUCGUGUAUCUGCUGCUAGCAUAUUGGGGAUCACAUCUGAGUGCAUUGAGGACAGUCAGCUGGAAGAUCUCCUUGAGGAGUUUUCAAAUUCAGCUUUGUCUUCCAGCUGGACCACCAGACAUGGCUCAGUUCUCACAAUCUCAUCUAUGCUUCGCCACUGCCCUGCUAGAGUUUGUACAACAUCUUGUUCAUCAUCAAUUAUAUCUAUGCUGAAAGACAUGUUGAAAGAUGAGAAGUUUCCAGUACGUGAAAGUGCAACAAAAGCACUAGGAAGAUAUCUGAUAUAUCAAAUUCAAAGUGAUCCAUCAAUCAGUUCCUUGCAUGCGCAAACUGUAUCCUCAAUAGUUUCUGCUCUCCGUGAUGACUCAAGUGAAGUAAGACGAAGGGCAUUAUCUGCUCUGAAAGCUUCUGCAAAGACAAACCCUGCAGCCUUUUUGUGUCAUGCUUCAAUUUUUGGUCCUGCAUUGGCAGAGUGUCUGAAGGAUGGAAGUACACCUGUGAGGCUUGCUGCAGAACGCUGUUCUCUGCACUCCUUUCAAUUGGCUAAAGGACCUGAAAAUGUACAAGCUGCCCAAAAAUACAUUACUGGCUUGGAUGCAAGACGGCUGGCCAAAUAUCCUGAAUACAGUGAUGGUGAUGAUGACAGUGAAGAUGACAAUGCAAAUUGAAAUUAUUACCAGUUGGUUAAAGUCAUUUUUGCCAAGUGUGGAAUGUUUUGCGGCUUGCGCUGAGGAUUGGAGCUGUGUUAGCAAGAUGCUUGUGUUGAAUUGUUUUGUUGACUGUAUAUCAUCCAAAACUUGACUGAUACGGAUACGAACACCAUAUACACACUAGGAAAACAUGUCGUUACAGGGGGUGCGUCCUUCCGUGACUGUAGAUAUAGACUAUUGAGUAAUUUUGUUCCCGUAGAUACCCCCAAUUAUUUGUUUCAUAUUGUAUUCCGUUUUGUUAUAUAAAUUUGAUAGAUGGAACGAGCCUUUUUAAUGAAUUCAUUUGUAGCAAGAGCUUCCCAGUUUUGGAAAUUUAGUUUCGCGAGCUUUUCUAAACAUUAUUAGUAUUAUUUUGAUUGCAUAACGUAAGCACUGUCAAUUGUCAAAGGAGGUAAAAUGCAUGCUAAUCAAGACGCUGUUAUCAUUUGCAUACGCAAUGCAGUGUAAAUGCAUCAAUUUGACUACAACCCCUAGAAAGCAUCUUCCGGAUAUUUUAGGUUUUGUUGAUGGUAUUGUACUACAGUUUAAUUUAUUGCUCUUAUAUUUUCUUGGCAACAAGUCUUAGAUUUUCGUUUUCAAAUUAAAAUAUGAAGUUAUGUGAAACAAAACAAAUCUCCUUGGAGUGAAAAGUUUAUGAAUUUUGUGCUAAAAGUAAUGCUUAAAUACGAGAGAAUGUGAAACAAAUAAGCAAAAUUAACAACAAAAAAUAAAAAAAAUGAGUUUCGGGUGAACUUAAUUCCAAAAAUAAGCGUUUUAUAUCCGAGCCUAAGGUUAAGUUAGUUUGCAAUUACUAACAGCGAACAAAAAAAUUUAUCAAACAAAGAUUAUAAUUGUUUGUUUGCAGUUAAUAACUGUGAAUAAAAAGAGAGACAAUGCCAUAAAAAAAU